UCACUCUCUCUCUAUUUCUUCUUUUUUCGCCAUCUUUCCAUCUCUUUUGUCAUUAGCCAUCUCAAGCAGAAAACAGCAGCGGCAGCAGCAGCAGAGAGAGUCAUAGUUUUAGGGUUUUCAGAACCAAAAUCAUGGCAGACACCAAAGCUGUUACCAUCAGAACCAGGAAGUUCAUGACUAACAGGCUUCUAUCCAGGAAGCAAUUCGUUAUUGAUGUUCUUCACCCAGGAAGAGCUAAUGUUUCAAAGACUGAGUUGAAGGAAAAGCUUGCAAAGAUGUACGAAGUGAAAGACCAGAGUUCUAUUUUUGUGUUCAAGUUUAGAACUCAUUUUGGAGGUGGAAAAUCAACUGGGUUUGGAUUGAUCUACGAUACUGUUGAUAAUGCUAAGAAGUUCGAACCUAAAUACAGACUCGUCAGGAACGGACUUGAUACCAAAAUUGAGAGAUCAAGGAAACAAAUCAAGGAAAGGAAGAACAGGGCCAAGAAGAUUCGCGGAGUUAAAAAGACCAAGGCUGGAGAUGCUGCCAAGAAGAAGUGAGGUGUUAGAAAUGGAAUUUGCUUUCUCCUAUUUUGUUAUGGUUACUUUGGCCAUUUAGAGUCAUUUUUGUUAGGAGAAUCAUCUAGUAAGGUGUUACAUUUCCUGUUACAUUUACUUAGAUUCUGAGUUAAAAACCGAGGGUGCUAGAUGUUGAAUUAAAGUAUUUGUGACUUAUUUCCCCGUCUUAUAAAUGUGUGUUUACUUUAUUCCUCACAA